AUGACAACACUUCGAUCCCGACAGCAACAUGGCUUGGAGGCAACAGCAAGCCGAGGAGAUAAGACGAAGACUGCUCUGACCAAAGCCCCCCCAACCAAUCCGUCAGUGCGGACAGCAAGCCGCAUCGGUGAUAAGAGGAACCAAUUCUUUGACCUGCAUAUAUUCCUCAAUUACGGUUGGAUUGGAAUACUCUUGAUCUUCUUGUGGUUCUGGGGUUUGUACUAUGUUAUUCAGUCAACUGACGAAAAAUCAACAAAGCUGAUUGAAAUUCAACACUUGCUACGAAAACGAGGAAACGGGGCUCAGGGAAAGGCUGGAGGAAAGAUCACCAGCAGUCAAGUACAACACUCAGGUUUCGAUAUUGCUGGAAACCCAGCAAAGGACAUGGGAGCAUCAGCUGGCAAAUAUGCCGAUCCUGACUCGGAUGGCCAUGAAACCAUCGACAUGCGUGAAUGGAGCAGGACACUUCCAUUUGCAAAUCCUGAUGGGGGUACCUGGGCGCAAGGGUUUGAGUUGGACCCAAUUCCUAUUUCCAAGACAACUCCAUUGAAGGUGUUUGUGGUACCUCAUUCUCACUGUGAUCCGGGUUGGCUAAAAACAUUUGACGAAUACUACCAGUCUCAAACCAAACACAUUCUCGAUACAAUCAUGGAAUCCCUUCAGCAAGACCAGAGACGCAAGUUCAUUUGGGCUGAGAUUUCCUUCUUUGAAAAGUGGUGGAACGAGCAAUCUGCUGAUAUACAGGAUACUGUAAGAAUGCUUCUCCGCAAUAAACAAUUCGAGUUUGUUACUGGUGGAUGGGUUCAACCAGACGAGGCAAACACCGACUUAUAUGCCAUGGAGGUUCAAUUGCAAGAAGGACAUGAUUUCAUUCGGGAGACUUUUGGCGAAGAAUACAUUCCAAAGUAUGGCUGGUCAAUCGAUCCGUUCGGAUUCUCUCCUACCAUGGCGUACUUGCUAAAGAAGUACGGAUUCAAGGGGAUGCUGAUUCAACGGGUACACUAUGCAGUGAAGAAGGAACUGGCGUUGCACCGUCAGCUUGAAUUUUUGUGGCGCCAGACGUGGGACGAUGAAGGGGAGUAUGAUAUGUUUACUCAUAUGAUGCCAUUUUUCAGCUACGAUGUCCCGCAUUCGUGUGGUCCAGAUCCAGAAGUCUGCUGUGCUUUUGAUUUCGCACGCUUACCAAACGUAGGUGUUGAUGCUGAUGGUAUUGUAUACACGAAAGAGUGCCCAUGGGAAUUGAAGGUUAAACCAAUCCACCAACGGAAUGUCGCAAAACGAGCAAUGGUGCUGCUAGAUCAGUAUCGGAAGAAGGCGUCUCUGUUCCGAUCAAAUGUUGUCAUUGCUCCUGUUGGCGAUGAUUUUCGAUACCGAACUCUUGCUGAAGCCCAAGCGCAGUUUGAAAACCAUCAACUCCUCUUUGACUACCUGAACGAAAACAUCGCAGGCGUGUCCAUCCAGUUUGGCACUUUGUCAGAAUACUUUGAUGCCGUCAUUGGUACAUUCGACCCACCAAUAUUGAAGGGUUCCUUCUUCACAUACGCAGACCACAAGGAGGACUACUGGUCGGGGUACUUUACGAGCCGUCCCUUUGACAAAGCUCUGGGUCGCCGAUUAGAGCGGACGCUCUUUGCGGCGGAGACAAUGGGCGCAACCAAGGAGGAAAUGCGAGAAGCCCGUAGAUCAAUGUCUCUGUUUCAGCAUCACGAUGCCAUUACGGGAACUGCGACGGACAAGGUGAUGGAAGAUUACGCGACCCGAAUGCAAAAUGCGAUUCUAGAUAUCGAGCAAUGGAUGGUGAAGAAACUGACGGCGGAACAUGAGCAUCUGGGCACCUUGCAACCAUGCUGGCAGUCACCAUCAAGCCGCGGAAUGGAUGUCAACUUCUGUAAUGAAUCUGAUCAAGUAUUGCUGUUCAAUCCCUUGGACACAGAACAACUAUGCGGGGAUGUGAGCGUGAAGGGCCGUUCAAUGGGUAUGGGAACACUUCCUUGUGAACGACCUGGUUCGAUACCGAAUUCUAUUAUUCAGUUUGACCCGUUGUCGGGUCUAAUGACGCAUCCAAUAAAGGAACAAUGGAUGGUCUGGUCGGUCAAUGAGGGUGGUGCAUAUUUAUUUGUUCCAGGUAGUCUUCAUGACUACAAAGGCAUUGACAUCCAGAUUGAAAUGGGCGGCUUUGUGGUGAAAACAAAGAACUGGCGUCGCACUGUGAUUGAAAGGACUGUUCCCACUAACUUUCAAGGUAAGGCGACUUUCAUUGAGUUUAUAUACGAAACCAAUCUCCGGGAUGACGAAGAGGAAUGGCUGGUGCGAUUCAACACCGAUAUCCAAAGUGAUGGGGUAUUCCACACGGACUUGAAUGGGUUCAAUUUCGAUACUCAUUAUCAUCGACCAGAUUUACCAAUUCAAGCCCAAGUAUAUCCAAUGCCAACUCAUGCUUCCAUACAAGAUUCGGAUCGGAGACUUACUGUUUUGAGUGAACAUUCUCAAGGUACAGCGUCGUUGGAAGAUGGUACGAUUGAUGUCUGGCUCGAUCGUCGACUCUCACAAGGAGACGGACGUGGGCUCGAACAAGGGGUCCAGGACAAUGUUUGGACAAGAAGUAAGCUGAGGGUAUUGGUGGAAACAGAGGGAUACAAACAUGGGCAGAACGAAGAGUUUGAUACUACACCAUUGUGCAAGCAAAUGUGGAAAGAGUUGAAUCAUCCACUGGAAUUGUUUGGUACAGUCAAAGAUACAGUAAAAGGUUUUGGUUCCACUCCGUUUCACAAUGAUUUCAAACCAUCCAACUUCAAUCCAACUCAGACGGGGGAUGACUUGAGUCACAAACAGCAAGCCUACAAGUAUGAAAUUCCGAUUGUAUUCAUGGUGCAAAAACGAGUAGAUUACUUCAAGAGAGUGAUCGAUUCCUUGCGAAAAUCUGAUUUCCCUCGCGCUACUGUUCCCAUCAUCAUAUCUCAUGAUGGGCGUAUCCAAGAGAUGAUUAAUUUUGUAGAGAGCAUCCAAUCAGAUUUCCAGGUCAUUCAGCUCUUUCAUCCAUACUCUUGCAUCGAGCAUCCAAAUUCUUUUCCGGGAGACGACCCAAGCCUCAACAAGGGGUACGAAGGUGACUCGUACGGCAAUCUAAGAGACGCCCAUGUCUGCUGCCUCAAACACCACUUUACGUGGAUGAUCAAUGAGGUCUUUGAAUUGACAAGUGUAAAAAUGGCGGCUGGAUUCCUGUUUAUGGAAGAAGACUACCUUGUGGCCCCUACCAUUUACGAGACUUUGCAGACUGGAUUUGGCUUUCUGGAUCAGGACAAUAAAAAAGAUGAGUAUUUUGGAUUGACCCUGGACAUUAGCGACAAUUUUGCCAACAAGAUUCCAAAAAAGAGAAACCAAUGGACCACAAAACGAUUUGUCUCGGGUCCCAUGACCAUCGGGAGACACAUGUUUGCCCUGCUCCAGCAAUUUUCGAAUCAGUAUUGCGAAUUUGAUGAUUACAAUUGGGACUGGUCGAUGGUCCAUUUGAUGGGGAAAGGGCUGCUUCCAUGCAAGACUUUGGUCCCCAACGAGCCCCAAGUGUUGCACAUUGGUAUUGAUGGUGGACUACAUGACCAUUAUGAAAAUUCAGAACUGGAAGAAGCCAUUACUAUUGGACUCCAACCAUUUCAUGCAAAAUUAAGUGGUCAAUUAAGUGAGGUUGGAAGGUUCAUGGAUUUUCCAAAAGCACACGAUCAAGGAUACGGAGGGUGGGGUCAUCCAGCAGAUCAGGAGCACUGCAAGAAACUAUUUCAUGGUCAAGACCCAAAACCAAAGCAAUAUUUUCAUCUCUAG